AUGGGGAUCGAGGCGUUAGACGACUACUACCUCGGCCUUACGGGUAUCAUCACGGUAGCAUACCAGCUGUUAUUUUUCAGCAUCGCGUACGGCUGCCAGUUCGAUUUGCUCACUGGACCCUUCCCCCGCCAGAUUCUCGUCAGUAUCCUCAUGUGCGUCUGGGCCCUCCGCCUCUCCGGUUUCCUCUUCUACCGCAUCAUCCGCACCGGCCAUGACUCUCGCUUCGACAAGAUGCGUGGCCGCUUCUUCGCCUUCCUCGCCUUCUGGGUCUUCCAGAUGCUCUGGGUAUGGACCGUCUCUCUGCCCGUCACCAUUGGAAAUUCUCCCGCCCUCGCUGCCGCCGACGAUGACGUGCCGUUCGGCACCCUGCGGACAUCGCCGGCGUCGUCAUGUUUGGCCUCGGUUUCUUGUUCGAGGCACCCCAACUACUUUGGUGAUAUCUUGACCCAGUUUGGCAUCUAUACCAUCGCCACCUCCCCCACAACCUCCGACACCUUACCCUCAGCCCCGCGAGCAGCUCUCUACUCUUCCAUUGUCGGCCCCUUCUUCAUCACAUUUCUCCUCCUCUUCCUCUCCGGCAUGCCGCUCUCGGAACGCCCCACCGCCAAGCGACGCUAUGAAAAGGACCUCAACUGGGAGGCGUACGAGCAGUACCAGCGCCGCACGAGCCCUCUCUUCCCUUUCCCUCCCGCUCUGUAUCUGCGCCUGCCACUCUGGGUAAAGCGAGCGUUUUUCUUGGAGCUGCCUCUCUAUGCGUUUGAUCCGGCCAAGCAUUCUCAGGUGGGCAGGGGUGGUCUCAACACGGAGAGGAGGAGAGACGAGGACGAGCGAGAUGCUAGCGAUGUUGAUGCCGAUGCUAAUGAAGGAGAUGUCGUCGAAGGGGAACGGAACGAGCAUUAA